UUUCACGCCAGUGGAGGCGGCCAUAUUGCAACGAUUGAAACACGCACCUGUUGUUAAGUUGGUGGAAAUGAUUCAUACAAUACUGUCCAGUCGUUUAUAACUACAUCUAGAUAUUUUGAGAAAAAACUCGUAUCCGGGAGUAUUCGAGGUACCCAGGCAUAUAUGAAACUUACAGCUGGGUCGUUGAAAGCUCGUACAACUUAUACCGGCUUCACGUGUUGAAAGAGGAACUGUUGUUGAGAUUAAUACAACAGGUUUUCUCUGACAUAAAAUGUCUGACUCGGAGCAGGAGCAAGGAGAGUUGUCUGCAUCCCCAGACAACAGUCCUAACAGGCGUGUGGUGAUACAGGAUGAGGAGUCCGCCAUUUCCCAGCAUUCCUCAGCCUCUGCUGGCAGUGACAGGGAAGACACAAGGAAGGAGGGCAGCAUAGAGAAAGAAGAGAGACACGAGGAGCAGGAAUCUCUUGACAUUAAACCCCCACAGUCUCAGGCAGGCAAGAAAGACAAACACAAACAUAAACGUAAACACAGAGAAGACAGAGACAGAGGCAAGGACUACAGAAAGAGAGGCAGAGAGGGAGAGAAGGAGCGUGGAGAGAGAGGUAGGGAGGGAGAGAAGGAACGAGGGGAAAGAGGACGGGAGCAGAGGCAGGAGAAAGGCCCGGACCAGAGAGAGAGGGAACGCAUGAGGAUCAAAGAGGAAAAUAUCAGGAGGGAGGAGUCUAAACGGGAAAGGGAGAGGUUGGAAAACAUGGAGCGAGAAAAGCGACGUGAACGUGACAUGAAGGAGAGGAUGGCCAGGGAGAGAGAGCGAGAUCUAGAACGCAGGCACAGAAAGGGGGAGCCACGAUCAAGAAAAGCAGGCGAAGAUUCAAGUGAGCGCAGACGAGAAGAGAGGAGGUCAGACAAAUCACGCCCUGAUCGCAGUCGCAGCAGACACACAGACAGACAGGACAGAGAGGACAGUCGCACGCGGGGUAGUAACCAGCGCGGGAACACGAGGGAAGAGGAAAAGCGGCCAUCCCCAAUCCUGCCACCAGAGGUCACCCCUGAGCACGCUGAGGAGGCAAUGGAAACACAAGAGGUUACAAACGACAGGCAGUCACCAGAAUCCAGCGAAGAGUCUGAAAAAGAGGCCACAGAGCAAAGUGAAAGCGAGGCAGAGGAGCAACAAGUCGCAGAGGAGAGCGGGAGCGGUGAGUCGGAGUCCGAGUCUGGUAGUAGCAGCAGUGGAGAAUCUGAAGACAGUGACUCUGCAGAGGAGGAGGAGGAGGAACAGAAACCUAAGCCAGAAAAAGUACGCUCUAAAUUUGAUGAUCAGUCCUCUCCUGAGGAGAGUGAGACCGAGUCAGUCCCUGAGCCAUCAGAGGCGGCUUAUGCUGAGGGGGUCCUUGACGACACCCCUCCCCAGUCCCCCGUGGAACUCAAAAAGGAACUCCCGUCCUAUUAUCCCGCAAUCCAAGGCUGUCGAAGUGUGGAGGAAUUCCACUGUCUAAACAGGAUAGAGGAGGGCACGUAUGGGGUGGUGUACAGGGCCAGGGAUAAGAAAAAGGAUGAAAUUGUAGCACUGAAGAGGUUAAAAAUGGAGAAAGAAAAGGAAGGAUUCCCCAUUACCUCGAUAAGAGAGAUUAACACCAUUUUGAAGGCGCAACAUAUGAACAUAGUCACAGUUAGGGAAAUUGUUGUUGGAAGUAACAUGGACAAGAUUUAUAUUGUGAUGGAUUACGUGGAGCAUGACUUGAAGAGUCUGAUGGAGUCCAUGAAACAACCGUUUAUCAUGGGAGAGGUGAAAACUUUAAUGCUUCAGUUGCUAAGGGGCGUGGCUCAUCUCCAUGACAACUGGAUUAUCCAUAGAGACCUGAAAACCUCCAAUCUUUUGCUGAGUCACAAGGGCAUCCUUAAGAUCGGUGAUUUUGGAUUGGCGCGGGAGUAUGGUUCUCCGCUAAGGGCAUAUACUAGUGUUGUUGUCACAUUGUGGUAUCGCGCUCCAGAGCUUCUGCUUGGAAUUAAGCAAUAUUCCACUCCUAUAGAUAUGUGGUCAGUUGGUUGUAUAUUUGGGGAGUUGCUGACAAUGAAACCCAUUUUUCCUGGGAAGUCUGAAACUGAUGAACUGCAGAGGAUAUUCAAGGAUCUUGGCACUCCAAAUGAGAGAGUUUGGGAAGGUGUGACAGAACUACCUCACUGGAAGAAAUACACCUUUGCCAACUACCCAUUCAACUCAAUAAAAAACAGAUUUGGGAGUUAUCUCUCAGAGACUGGUUUUCAUCUUCUCAACAAAUUCCUGGCGUAUGACCCAAAGAAGAGGAUCACAGCGGAGGAGGCGUUGAAGCACGAGUUCUUUCAGGAGUCUCCCCAGCCUGUGGACCCUUCGAUGUUUCCAACAUGGCCAGCCAAGAGUGAGCAACCACGUCGCCAUGGAAACACGCCCAAGCCGCCAUCUGGUGGCAAAGCCUAUGACCUACUUGGAGAUGAUGACGAUACAGGGUUCCAGUUCACACAUGCUACCAAAGGUGCCUCAGCUCAGGGUCCAGGAUUUAGUCUAAAAUUCUAAAGAUUCAUAGCCAAGGAUUUAGUCUUAAAUUCUAGAGACUCAAAGCCAAGUAUUUAGUCUAAAGUUCUUAAGUCUCAAAGCCAAGGAUUUAGUCUAAAAUUUCUUGAGACCCAAAGCCCCAGACUUAGUCUGAAAUGAUAAAGACUGAAGGCCCAGGAUUUAGUCUGAAUUUCUGAAGACACUACCAGGGAUUUAGUCUAGAAUUCUAAAGACUUGAGGCCUGGGAUUUAAUCUAGAAUUUGAGAGACUCGUGAUUUAACAGAAAAUGCUAGACCAUGUCUUUGUGUCAAAGAUUAAGCUGGAAGUUCAAGGCUCAUGGGAUAGGAAGUCUGUAGUCUGAUACACAUGUUUAAUGGUCCAAGGCUCAUGAAUCGACCUCCUAGUAAAUCCUUCUUCAGGGGCCCAGGAUUUGACCUUCAAGUUUUAGAUAAAUGCACUCAGAAGAGAAUUUGUAAUUGUAACCUAGCGACAAGUUAAAGUGACUCAGUUAUGACAUUUGACAAUGACAUUUAACAUUCUGCUUCAUAAUUGUCGAGGUUCAGACUGAAAUGUUUUAAGGUCGCGGCUCAUAUAUUGUUGCUAAAAGACGAGCAGCACAGUUUGCCGUCAGCUUAUUGCAAAUAUAAAAUAAAUGCAUCCUGUGAGCAAAAAUGGAUAGGGGAAAAGAUUUUUUUCUUCCUCUUUUUGUUAUCCGCAGGUUCCAUCAGAUGGUAUUUUGUUUUAACAGGAAAUGAGUAAAUUGUAAGAAAUUACGACAUUUUUAGUAUCGUAACAUUUGUAUUUCCAUAUUGAAAACAAAUUUAUAUUUCAAUAAAUUAAUUUAAAUUGAA